GCGAUUCGCGACGAGCCUGAAGAAAACUGCGAUCAUGGCGGCUGCAACAACACCAGCGACCCCGGACCAAAUAGCGAAACCUGCUCGCUCUGCGCCUAUUCCGUUUGACUUCUCGCAACCUCCCGUCAUCGAAGGAUUCACCCCUUUACCGAGGAUCAAAGAGGAGACUUUCCAGGAAAAGUUUUUGCGGAAGGGCAAGGAAAACCCCUUCGUGCCGCUCGGUUGCCUGGGAACCGUGGCAGUUCUGGCCAUGGGCCUCCGCGCCUGCUACCAGCAGAAGACCCAGCAGUCUCAGAUGCUGAUGCGGGCGCGUGUGGUGGCACAAGGCUUCACCGUGGUCGCCUCCAUCGUCGGCGUCUUCGCCGCCACUAUGAGGAACAAGUAGGACUGGACCUGGACUGGACCUGGACUCGGCUCGUGUGAGCAAUUGUACGGGGAACAACGGCUCGUACGAUCGAGGCAACAUUAUUUAUUUCUUGUAAAUUCUAUUAAAAUGUUGCCCUGCAGUGACUGUAGCAGUAAGACAUGAUUUGUUCUGAAGGUGAGGUGUCUCAGUGUAAACCUCCGUCAGAGGUUGUGUCAUGAGGAACGUUGCAUGACAGUAGACCACGUUCCACUGGCGCCAAAGGAACAAAAUAAAGAAAUGUGAAAAUGUG